GAACCUCCUGGUCUUCAGCAAAGGACAAAGAGCACAAUUCCAACACGCCUGACCUCCCCAUCGGCAGGUCACCAGCUUGGCCUGCUUUAGGCAAACUCCCUUGGUCUGAAGAAACUCCCUUCCUCCUGCCGCUCCAGCACUGCUGUUCCUACUGACUUUUCGGCAGCGUGCACAGAUCCGAGGAGAAGCCAGCCUGAAAUAAGCUCAGAGCCAGCAAGGCCCUGAGGCUGAGAGGAGCUGGGGCUCUGCUACAACCCAACCUGCCUCCAACUCGUACAGAGCGUUGUGGCUUCCCAGCUAGCACUUGUCUGGAAUGAUUUCAGCAACCCGAGGUGCAUGUCACAGCUCGUCACCUCCCCUCAGACAGACCUGCAGCAACAGAGAGGGAGUAGGAGAGCCCAGAGGGAGAGCGGCAGCCGCGGCUGAAACCACACAACACCCUUUCACUGCUCCCACUGCAGCGGAUUUUCCUGCCUGAUCCCCUGCACUGCCGGCCGCACCUCUUCUGCAGCCCCGAUCUGUAGCUCCAGACAGAAGUGUCCUUGUAAGAAGUAGCUGGGAUCUUUCUAUGUCUGCCCUGCACUUUCUGGAAAUCCCAUGUAAGAAGAGAGCCAAGAGAAAAGCAGGAAGGCUGGAGAAGAGAAAUGCAAACAUUGGGUGGCCAAAGUAACACAGCAGUUCGGACCACUCACUGCAGUUUUACCACCGACCAGCAGGAUCAACCAUAAAUUACCAGCCGCAGUCAAAGCAGUGUCAGAAAAAUAUUAGCCCUGAAGUCCUGCCACCGGGAAAGGCUGAGAGAUGGCCGAAGGGAAAAUAACAACUUUCACCGCCCUGACGGAAAAAUUCAACCUUCCCUUGGGGAAUUACAAGAAACCCAAGCUCCUGUACUGCAGCAAUGGAGGCCACUUCUUGAGGAUACUUCCAGAUGGCAAGGUAGAUGGGACAAGGGACCGAAGCGACCAACACAUCCAACUGCAGCUAAGCGCGGAAAGCGUGGGUGUAGUGUAUAUAAAGAGCACCAAGUCUGGACAGUACUUGGCUAUGGACACCAAUGGCCUUUUAUAUGGAUCACAGUUAAUGAGUGAGGAAUGUUUGUUCCUGGAAAGGAUGGAAGAAAAUCAUUACAACACAUAUACAUCUAAGAAGAAUGCAGAUAAGAACUGGUUCGUUGGCUUAAAGAAGAAUGGAAGCACCAAACUGGGACCACGGACUCACUAUGGCCAGAAGGCAAUCCUUUUCCUUCCGCUGCCAGUGUCAGCUGAUUAGAAGAUCCUACCCCAACUGCCAUAAGACAACCCUGAAUCUUACGCACCAACUACCACCUCUUCUCUCUUUCUCUCUCUUUACUGGCUAGAGUGACAAAGAGAUUAACUGUAUGACCAGACGCGUUCAGUAUUUAAAUGCUUUAAAAAUUAAAAUCAGAGCUGUUUAGUUUUGUACUAACCAAGUUUUGCAGAAAUGAGGGAAACCUCUCCCUGAACAAUGGACAAGUUGUGCCUUCACUUCCUUCUUGUUUUCCGUUGUCCAUUGUCAGAGCUGUACAAUAGGAGCUUUGGCACUAGAGGUAAAAUGUGUGCAAUGAAAAAUGCAAAAUGACUCCAAAGGAUAUGCAUAUACUCUGCUACAGAGCGAGCACACAGGUACGUUAUUGCCCUUAAUGCAUGGCUUAAAAUAACACUAAAUCAUGUGGUUCUUGCCAGGGGAAUACACACUUAGAGCCAGUGUGUCUGUUUUCUAGUCAUAGAAAAGUGAAGUUCUCCUGGAAUAGAUUUAUUAAAAUAUCUAUCUAGACGGUAUAUAACACACAUAAACAAAAAUGAAGAUGUAUCAAUAUCCAUUGUAUCAUGUGCAAGCAGUCAAGAAUGGUGAAAAAAGUUUGUAUAAAACUAACCACAACCUAUGCUUUUAAAACCUAGCCACUACUCCUUUCCUACUCCACUCAUAUUGUUAAAUUCCUUAUUAGUCCCCUUCAUAUGUAAUUUGUAUUUAUUUAUUAAGUGACUGUGUGCAUUUUAAACAGGUCAAUAAUAGUAAGUAUAGGCAUUCAAAGUCACUUUAUGUUCUCUGAGCAAGGAUGUAGAUGACUGAAUGACGCAGAUCUCAUUUUGCCAGGGUGGUUUCAGGGGAGGGCAUGGUGGAAAGGGAAGUGGUUACUUAACAAUAUUGUUUUAAAACAAUUCCCUGUUUUUAUUUCACUCAAAGUCUAUUUUUGACUUGAAGGUGUAAUUCUAUUUUGAACAGACAUAAAAAUGGCAUCCUGCAGCUUCACAGUUAGCACCCUUCCAAAUCACGAGCUGAACUUAUCAAUAAAUAGAUAUUUUCUAACUACCAGCUCAGCCGUCUCGGUCAACCAGGGUUCCUCCCACCUCGUGCUUUAAACCAAUAGCAAGUGCUAAGUCGAUUGCAUUCUCUCAACCAUACCCAUGGAAGCCUCUUGACAUAUGUGUAUUUGCAUGAGUGGAACAUGCCUGAAGCAACUCCAGUGAUAAAGCACAAGGAAAGAGUGAAUCCAGGUUAUUUUCCCACAGCUGUACACAGCCAACAAUGCUUCUGUGAGUAAAAUGCAGUAAAAGCUUAUUCAUAGAUUCAUAGAAGUUAGGGUCGGAAGGGACCUCAAUAGAUCAUUGAGUCUGACCCCCUGCAUAGGCAGGAAAGUGUGCUGGGUUCAGAUGACCCCAGCUAGAUGCCUAUCUAACCUCCUCUUGAAGACCCCCAGGGUAGGGGAGAGCACCGCCUCCCUUGGGAGCCCAUUCCAGAUUUUGGCCUCUCUAACUGUGAAGAAUUUCUUCCUAAUGUCUAGUCUAAAUCUGCUCUCUGCUAGCUUGUGGCCAUUAUUUCUUGUAACCCCCAGGGGUGCCUUGGUGAAGAGAGCCUCACCAAUUCCCUUCUGCGCCCCCAUGAUGAAUUUACAGGCAGCCACAAGGUUGCCUCUCAACCUUCUCUUGCAUAGGCUGAAGAGGUCCAGGUGCCCUGGUCUCGCCUCAUAGGGCUUGGCCUGCAAACCCUUAACCAUACGAGUGGCCCUUCUCUGGACCCUCUCCAGGUCAUCCACAUCUCUCUUGAAGUGUGGCACCCAAAACUGGACGCAGUAUUCCAGCUGCAGUCUGACCAGCGCCCGAUAGAGGGGAAGUAUCACCUCCUUGGUUCUGUUUGUCAUGCAUCUGCUGAUGCAUGAUACAGUGCAGUUAGCUUUACUGAUGCCUUCGUUACACUGACGACUCAUGUUCAUCUUGGAGUCCAUUGGGACUCCGAGGUCCCUUUCUGCUUCCAUGCUACCAAGCAGGUCAUUUCCUAGGCAGUAGGUACUUUCCUAGGCAGGCACUUUCCUGUGUAGACAAGCUGAACAGAGAUGGCAUUUUUACCUAACUUCCUUUCAGAACAGAACCAAUAUCCAGUGUAAAUUUACAAUAGGACUGUUCAUCCGAUCUGCACCUAUACUCCUGGAGUGUACAUGCCUACAGUCUAGGAACCUACAAGCCCUACUAAUAGUCUGUAUUCAGAUGUAGCUUGCAUGGUCCUUUGAAUGAUAACGUAAUCCCAGGGUGGGUUUAAACAGAGAUAGACAGCAAAAUGAGCAAAAACACAAUGAGAGAUCUCGAUGCUUAAUGACAGAAAGAAAAUGGCUUGCAACUAUCUUACUAUUGGCAUAGUGACUGUAAGUAAAGUUGUUUAAAAAUCAGUCAUCCAUCUAACUAUUUUGAAUGUGGAAGUGCAAAAUGUAAAGGUAAUAUGGUACAAUAGCACUAUAAUAAAGUUUAUCAAAUGGUAUAACACAAAAUA